AAUGAACAAUUCAGCAAAAUCAACACAAAGUUACAAACCAUUUUGGUGUCUCUGAAUCUCCAUUCUUUGCCGAAAAAAAGUUGUGUGAGAAAAGCUUUUUGCCUAACUCUGGUGUUAACUCUGCGUUGAAGAAAAGGCCAGAAAGUUCUGGCUGCUCCCGUUUGAAUCAUUUCAAACGGCCUGUGCCCCUGAAUCCUGUCUAGAGGGGAUUUGCUUUUCCACUCACCCAAAACAUAAAUUCCCGUAAUACACUAUAAAGUAAUGACUGUUACCUUAUCACAACUGGUCCCACACGGGACUUUCCAGCAGCAAGAAACCGAAAGCGAAAGGUCUGACAUCACAGAGUUGUCCUGCUGUUGCGGGGGCGAAAGGGGCUAAGCUCUAUAUAGGGAGGAGGCCAGGGAAGAUCCCACAUCACUUUUGGGGCCAGCAAGCAGGAAGCAGCACCGUGCCCCAUUGGCCUCUCUCAUUCUGCAGCCCAGCAUUUAACCCGAGCUGAAUCGGGUUGUUCUGUGGUCGCAGAACAGCCGUCGCUGCAGCCCCUGAAGUGAGAGACCAGACGUGGCACAAGCUCAGCAGCAUCUGAGAGAGCUUAUCUGGAGAAUUACUCUUGCUGAAGUGAACGUGCUACGUAGGUGCAAAGAUGAGUUGCCAGGAAAUAUUCGUGAGCAGCAUGUCACCACAUGGAAGAUUAUGCUCUACUUCUGAAGCAAAUGACUCUUACAGUAACCACACACCCCUAACUGAAGCAAAGAGACAAACUGCAGAAGCAGCAAAGCGGAGAGCAAUGGAGAUUCUGAGAGAUGCCCUGAAGAAGAAGGACCGAGUGCUGAUGGAGAAGCCCCAGGAUCUGUUUUUUGGUGAUAGCAGAGAUCCCAAAUUCUGGAUGGAACGCCAUGCGAUACUGACAGAAGAGUUAGUUCGAGAUCUCAUCUCAGAGCUGGAAGUUGUGAAGUUUAAGGAGGAUCUAACCAGGAAAUAUAUUUAUGCAUAUGUUUAUUCAAAGUCUGGAGACAAAACAGUGUAUUUGUGCCCAGAAUUCUGGAAGGCUUCUACAUAUCUUGGAGAAGGGUCUCAGCCAGGGACUCUUAUCCAUGAAGUGUCUCACUUCCUGGGGAUACGAGAUAUCGACUAUUCCAAAGCCAGUAUCUAUGUUGCCUGCAGAGGGAAGUUGGUAAAAAGCAAAUCAGACCCCAGUGCCCCAGAUCUGAAUCCCCUUGGGAAAGCACUAUUAAAUGCUAACAACAUCACAGAUGAAUUUGAAAUUACCCUAAAUCACAAAGGAAGAUACGAGAAUGGAAAAUACACCUGCUGUGGGGAAAAAGCCGUGAACUCAGUUUGUGAGAGAGCUGUGCCUGAUGAGUUUCUUAUUCACUAUUUCAGGGAAAGUGAGAAGAGGAAGAACAUUGGUGAAAUUAUGGAGGAGUCAUUACUGCCCACAGCAAAGAGACUGGAGAGUCACGUAACCCAACUUAGAAAGAUGGCAGAUGAAAUUGAUGAAACUCAUAAAAAUGCUACAAUAGCAAAGGCUCAUGCAGUGACAAGUUCAAACAAAAAGAACGAGGUGGAGAAGAUUUUAAAGGAAUGUCAGGAUAUGCUGAAAUGUAUUGAGAAGGAACUUUCCAAAAUCACUAAAGAGAUUAAAAAACCGGGAGAGGACAGUUAUAUUGUUUUGUUAGCAGAACUGUAUGAAUGGAUAAGAAUUGGUGAAAUCCUGGCAGGAAGUGUUCCAAGCAGUUUAACAGCGACAACUGCUUUAUUUGCUGCUGCAAUUUUAGUGAAUGAUUCUAAGAAACCUAUGGAAGGUGAGAAACUUGCAGCUGAAAUCCGAAGAGAAGCUGCAAAAAUGGAAGAAGUCAUUAAAAUAGUAAAUAAGUUUUAUGGAUCAGUAAGAAGAUUAUAGCUAGGCAAAACAACACUGCUUAUUUGCAGCAUGAAAUGAUUCAGCUGAAAUCGUUUAGGUACCUUCUCUCUAAGAAAGUUCAGAAUCCAAAUAAGGUUUGAUUGACAAUCUAUUGGGGAAACAGAUCACAUGUAGAACCUGCUGUAACUGCCCUUUCUUUAGAAGCCUAAGAACACAUCCCUGUAAAUAAAAGGUUCCACACCAUGUCUGACAGCUAAUUCGAAUGAGUAAAACAGAGGCUGUGUCACCACAUGGAGAUACCUUCCAUUUCUUGCCCGGGGGCCAGAAGUGGCUGUUGUGAAGGACGUAAUGCUCAGCCCCUGUGGGGUCAGGAAU